AUGGACCGGCUCCGCCUCCCACGCCUCAGCCGUGACACGGCCUGGAUAUACACAUCAGCCCUGCUAGUGGGCCUAGCCGGCCUUCUCAAGUUCCGCCGAGGCGCCUUCGACUACAUGUACACGGAGACGCACUGCUACCAAUCCGUACAAACCAAUGCCACCGCGGUAGCAGCGCAAGACGGGCUCGUGAGCUGCUUCUCGGUGUCGCCCGCGGGCACCUUCUCCAACGUCUUCGCCGCCAGCAGUGGUUCCGAGCUCGGCCGGAAUGCGCAUCCUGGUCACGCGAUGCCGGGCCUCUGGGAUGGUCACGGGCAUCUGCUGCAGUACGGCGAGUUUCUAAACUCGGUCGACUUGUUUGGGACCGUGUCCUUGGACGAUGUACGGUCACGCGUUCGCGCCUACGUUGGGGACCAUGCUGGGGUCGGGUCGGCGACGGAGUGGGUGAGAGGGACGGGAUGGGAUCAGAUGGCGAUCGGGCGAAUGCCGACUGCUGAUGACCUGGCGGCAGAUGAUGAGCUGAAGGACCUGUUUAUCAUGCUCGACCGCGUGGACGUGCAUUGCAUAUGGGUUUCCCAAGCUGUGCUGGACUUGCUGCCAGAGUCCGUCCCCGACGUUCCUGGAGGUGAGAUCAUCAGGGAUCCCGGCAUGGGCGUCUUCUGCGACAAUGCCAUGGAUAUAGUCAUGGCGCUAUGGCCAAAGCCAGACAACAGCAAGAAACGGCAGUGGGUGAAAAGUGCCAUGAGCAAACUGAACGAGGUCGGGCUGGUCGGUAUGCAUGAUGCUGGUGUCACCCCUGGCAAUAUCGAGCUCUUCAGAGAACUAGAAGGCGGCGACGACUGGAGUGUGCGAGUCUACGCGAUGGUCGAGUGCUAUGAGCGGAACACGUUCUGUCCGGAAGCCUUCGAGCGGUAUACAAGUGCCGAUGGCUUCCUAAGCAUCCAGAGUGUAAAGAUGUUCGCCGACGGCGCUCUCGGCAGCUGGGGCAGCGCCAUGAUAGACCCGUACUCCGACCGCCCAGACUCCUCCGGCUCCCUCCUGGUCAACGCCUCCGAGCUGACAUACCAGGCCAUCGCCUGGGCGCGCGAGGGCUACCAAGUCAACAUCCACGCCAUCGGCGACCUCGCCAACCGCCACGCGAUCGACGCCAUGACCGCCGCGCUGCGCAUCCUGUGCCCCUCCAGCCCCGAGCCCGACUACGAGACCCUCUCGCACUGCCAGUCCCGCCACCGCUUCCGCAUCGAGCACGCACAGAUCAUCCACCCGGCCGACCAGGCCCGCAUGGCCGCCGUCGGCCUCAUCCCGUCCAUCCAGCCCACGCACGCCACCUCCGACAUGGCCUACGCGGAGCAACGCCUCGGCGCCUCCCGCACCGCCACGGAAGCCUACCGCAUGCGGUCACUACUAUCCGAGCUCGCCCUGCCCGUCGUCCUCGGCAGCGACUUCCCCGUCGAGCCGCCGCACCCGUUCCAGGGCAUAUACGCGGCACUGACGCGGCGGAGUCCGCACACGGGGCGCGGCGCGGAGGGGGCCCCUGAAGAGGGCUGGCAUGUCGAGGAGGCGCUGUCGCUCGAGCAGGCGGUGAGGGGGUUCACGGCGGGUCCGGCGUACGGGGCCUUCACGGCGGGUAAGACGGGGGUGAUUGCGAGGAAUGCUUGGGCGGAUUGGGUCGUGCUUAGUGAGCCGCUGGGGCAAGUUGUGGACGAGGAUGUGGAGGCGUUGAGGGGGCUGCGGGUACGGGAGACGUGGGUUGGGGGGCGGAGGGUUUAUGUGAGGGAUGAUGCGUAG